AGAUCAGGGGCGUUCGCAUACAUAUUGUGGAAAGCAGAGGGUGAGUUUUUGAAUCGUCUUUCCUUUAUUAAAUUAUCAUUAUACUUCCCAAACGUUGCUUCAAUUUCAAAUUAUUCAAAAUGGCUGAUCAGUUAAAACAGCUUAAAAAACAACGUAGCAUACUUAAAGCACAACUAACUAGACUCAAUAACUUUUUACUAGAGUUUAAUGGUGUUGAUCUUAAUCCAAUUCAUGUCCGAAAGGCCAAUUUGGAUAGAAUUUUUAACAGUUUCCAAAACGUUCAAUUAGAAAUCGAAUUGGCGGAAGAUACAGAUGUAGAUGAUAGUAUCGAAACAAUAGAGUUUGAGGAAAGAUAUUAUGAGUGCGCUGAAAAAAUCAGGAGAUUACUAAGUAGUUCCUCUAGGUCAUCAUGUUCAUUGUCAGACACAAAUAUAGCAUCAAGUUCAUUUCAGGAUCGCAAAGAUACUUCAUUAAUGUUACCCAAAAUUCAAUUGCCUACAUUUGACGGUGAUCUUACUCAAUGGCGAAGUUUUAGCGAUACAUUUAGAUCACUUGUCCAUGAAAACGAGAAUAUCAUUAAUGUUCAAAAAUUUCAUUAUUUGAAGGCUUCAUUACAAGGCGAAGCUGCGACGGUAAUCAAUACUUUAAACGCGUCGGCAGAAAAUUAUUUAGUCGCAUGGUCAAUGUUGGAAAAACGAUGUAAUCAACCACGUAAAAUUAUUCAAAGUCAUUUACGAGCAUUUUUAGAAUUAUCGCCAAUAAUUAAAGAAUCACCUUCAGCAAUACGAACUUUAAUUUUAUCAGCUGAAAUGCACGUAAAUGCGUUAAAAUCGCUAAAGGUACCUGUCGAACAUUGGAACGAAAUUCUUGUUUACAUCUUAUCAACAAAGUUAGACAAAAACACGCGUCGUAGUUGGGAUCGUUCACUAGAAGAUAGUUCUUUGCCUACUUUUGAGGAAUUAUUGCAAUUUCUAAAUAAAUUCUCCCGCGAAGAUGAUCUUUCUAACGAACCUGUUCAAUCUCGAAGCAAAUGUAAUGAAAUUCGCGAAAAAAUAGGCACAAAACAUAAGCACGCUUACGUCGGCACACAAUCAGGUAAAUCAUGUUCGGUAUGUAAAGGUGAUCACAACAUAUAUCAAUGUAACAAAUUUAAAGGGCUUUCAGUUAUCGAAAGGUCAGAAGCAGUAAAACGGGCAAAUUUGUGUUAUAAUUGUUUGCGAACAGGACACGUAGUAAAUCGUUGUUUAUCUCGUGGUUGCCAAAUCUGCAAUAGGCGACACAAUACUCUUUUGCAUCAGCAAAGUUCAUCAGACAAAUUAAAUCAGGUUGUUGAAGGUUCAAAAAACGGUUCCUCUACAGAAGUGGCUCCAGUAACGCUAAACACGAGCACUUCAUCUGAAGUUUUGUUAUCUACCGCUCGUAUCUACAUUUUUGAUCAACAUAGCAAUAGGCGCGAAUGUAGGGUUUUGCUUGACUCAGCAUCUCAGUCUAAUUUUAUUACCGAAAGGUUGGCGAAUAUGUUACAAUUACAAAAACGUGUAAUUAAUAUGCCAGUUCUAGGGCUGAAUCAACAAAAUUUCUACAAGCCAUCGGAAAUAGAUGCCCUAAUCGGAGCUUAA